AUGCCUCACUCUUUCACCGUCUACAAGGGCACUUCCUCUGGCGCCAUCACCGAGGCCCAGACUACCCGUCCCGAUCUCACCGAUGACCAGGUCUACGUCAAGGUCACCGCUUCUGGUCUCUGCGGCACUGACCUGCACUACCGCCACGCCGAUAUGGCUCUCGGCCACGAGGGUGUUGGUAUCGUCGAGCAGGUCGGCCCUAGGGUCAAGAACCUCAAGGUUGGCGACCGCGUUGGCUGGGGCUACCAGCACGACGAGUGCGGCCACUGCAAGCAGUGCUUGACCGGCCAGGACGUUUACUGCCCGGAGCGUGCUAUGUACGGCUAUGCCGAUCUCGACCAGGGCUCCUUCGCUACCGGCGCCGUCUGGAGGGAGGCCUUCCUCUUCAAGCUCCCCGAAGGUCUCUCUGAUGAGGAUGCUGCUCCCCUGCAGUGCGGUGGUGCUACCGUCUGGACCUGCUUUGACGACUACAACAUCCAGCCCACCGCUCGCGUCGGUAUUCUCGGCAUCGGCGGCCUUGGUCACCUCGCCAUUCAGUUCUCCGCCAAGCGCGGCUGUGACACCGUUGUCUUCUCCGGCACCGACUCCAAGAAGGAGGAGGCCAUGAAGCUCGGCGCCCACGAGUUCUACGCCACCAAGGACAAGAAGGAGCUUGACAUCGGCUCUCCGCUUGACGCCCUCCUCGUCUGCACCAGCGCUCACAUCGACUGGUCCCUGUACAUGUCUCUUCUUGCUCCCGGCGCCAUCAUCUUCCCCCUGUCCGUCGAGUCCGGCGACCUCGUCGUCCCUUACAUGCCGCUUCUCCUCGCGGGCCUGCGCAUCCAGGGCUCCAUCGUCGCCAACCGCGCCACCCACCAGCGCAUGCUCGAGUUCGCCGCCCGCCACCAGAUCAAGCCUCUCGUCAACAAGUUCCCCAUGACCGUCCAGGGUAUUGAGGACGCCAUGAAGACCCUCGACGAGGGCAAGAUGAGGUACCGCGGUGUUCUCGUCCCCGCCGAGAGGCUGUAA